AGGCGUGUCCUGGCUGACGGUCAACAAGUAUAAAAGGCCGGGCAUAGCAAUGUCCAAAACCAGGCUGGUCCUCCUCCAUUCGUGCAGUCUUGCAUCGCCGGGCAUUUGCUACUCGACCCAUCCAUCCUAUCGACCGUCCGUUCACGAACGUCACGACUAGUCCCGUACACCCGACAUGCGUCUCGCUACUGCUCUCCUUGCUACCAUCACCCUCCUUUGCACCGUCUUCUUAGUGCAAGCCGCCCCGCUGGCGAUUGGCUCCCGAAACGAUGCUAGAGCCUGUGCGAGAUUGACAGACUGUGACUCUUGUGCCCGUGCGGAUCGUUGCGGAUUCUCGCUUGACACGCUAAGCUGUGCCGCGAAAGAAGGCCACCCUGGGUCCCUCGCAACAUCUGCGGCUCAAUGCAGGAAGGCAUCCGCUAGCCUUGCUGCGAGAAGUGAGGCCGAGGAUACUGAAAUCGCUGCGAAAGCAGCUCAAUUAUGGGCGGUGAUGAAGACACACGUCCUGCACGGCGGCAGUAGCCCAGAAAAGGAUGAGGCGACGGCUCUCGCUCAAGUGCCACGCACACGCAAGCCAAAGACACUUUGGAUUGACGACAAGGCCGAGAUCAAGGCUCAAAACAUUGUGCAUAGGUACAAGGAGAUGGAUGUGGCCAGGAUCUGCACGGACGCGAUCACAGCGGGGCUCAAGGCGGUGCUUCCCGAAGGACAUCCGUGCGACGACGGCAGCACGGGGUGCGAAUUGCUAGGACGGGAUGACUGAACGUUAUGAGAACCUACCCCGGUGCUCAAUUGGUGCUGUACACCAUCCGGACCGUCACACUUCUCAUGCUGCGCGCUGCGCGCGGUCUUGUGGCCAGUAACAAACUGCUGUACGGCUUGGAGAGUAUAUUACAUAUUUGUUCAGGAUGUCACUCAGGUUUUAAAGUGAACAAUCAAGAGAUG